AUGGAUAAUCAUAAAGCUAAAAUAGCAUUCAAAACAUUAAAGUCAAACUUGGUAAACUUGCCUUCCAACUUGACCAACUUGUUAUUCACCGCCAAUAUCCAGGUUCAAGAUGUCAUUAUAGAAAUCGUGACAUCACCCGCUUCGAGCCAACAAAAGAAUUCUAAAAAGUCAUAUGCCGGUUGGUCAGGUAUGUCCUCGUCUAGCUUGCAGAGCUUGGAGAUUGACCCGAUUUUUGCCCAAUCAUUGUCCAUUCCUGACAAGGCGUCAAUAUACAUUAACUUGAAGUUGGGAAAUUUUGAAGCAUCGAAUAUAAACUUGGAGCCUUUAACAAGCUCGGAUUGGGAGGUUGUUGAGUUGAAUGCCCAGCUCAUUGAGGAUAAGUUGUUGAGUCAAACACGGUGCGUGGCGUUGAAUCAGAUUUUAGUAGUUUACCCAAACGCCACUACAUCAGCCAAAUUGAUUGUCACUGAUAUAGGGUCCACUGAACACAAAUAUGCUAAGAUAUCCCCAUAUUGUGAAAUUGCCAUUGCUCCAAAAGUGAGAAAGAAAAGCGAAGUUGCAGAGACCACGAGUGUUAGCAGUCAGAAGAGUGCCACUAAAAAGGAGGACUACAACAAUUCACCACUGGUAUUGAAAAGAGGAAUCAGUUUACCACACAACUUGUAUAAAGAUGUGGACGAUACUGGGUAUAAAGUCUUUGCCAAUCGAAAUGAGCUUCCAGAGGGCUUUGAUUCUUAUGUUGCCGUGUCUAUUCUUCCUGGACCGAAUGAUUUGAAAAAUGCAUUGGCCAAUGAAAAUGACAUUAAGGAAAACAAGAGGAUAGUAGCCGAACUAGCCAAUCAUAAAGGUAUGUCCAACAAUGUGGGGUUGUCUAAAAGCUUGGCUAUCGCGUUGAACGCAUACAAACAGACGGGAGAUAUCGUUGUAUUGAAACCUGCCGUUAAGUGCUUGCCAAAGCGUCCCACCACGUUUGUCAUCCACCCCUAUGAAAUUAAUUCCAACAAGAAGAAGGAGGUAAAUAAGACGAAAGCUUCCAAACUAACACAGCAAUUGACCGAAGCAUUGUAUCCUCAGAUUUCAACGACUACUGUGACUAACUUUGUCAAAAUUCCUAGCAUUGCCGGCACUUUACCAUAUGGCGGACUUUUGAAAUUUCGCAAAAAUGACAACUACAACGCGUGGGUAAAACCAUACGAUCUUAGUAGGAAAAAGCCAAUCAAGAUUGAGAUUGGCGAUGAAUUACUACGCCCACAAUCAUUUAUUCAAGAGUUGCAACAGGAAUCUGCUCUCAGAGAGCAAGAUAAGCCCAUUGGAAUUGAAAAGGCUGUAGCUGACUUGGUUGGCUCGUUUCUUGUUUCCGCCAACACUGGGACAUUAGUUUACGGAAAUUCUGGAAGUGGCAAAACUUUGUACCUCAAACAAGUUAGCGACAUCUUGAGUCAAGAUCAUGGUUACUUUAUCAAGUUUGUGUCGUGUGAAGCCCUCAUUAAUGAAUCGUUCCUGAAUUUGUCAAAAAGCCACAUUUUUAAAUGGUUACAGCAGUGUUCUUGGAAUAAACCUUCAUUGUUAGUUCUUGACAAUGUUGAUAAAAUUAUGAAUGUCGAGAUGGAGAAUAUGGAUGCCUCAAAAUCAAAUCAAACUACUGAAUAUUUUAUAUCACAGUUGUCAAAGUUGCAUAACCAGGCCAAUUCAAAUGUUUCAGUGCUUUACUCCUCGACUUCAAAGGAGAGCUUGAACAAGCUUUUGCUUGGUUCCCACUUGAUUGAAAAUUACCAUCAUGUGACUGCACCAGAUAAGACUCUACGCUUCCAAAUUAUUGAAAAAUACUUGACAGAAGAUUUAAAGUGUAAAUUGGACGUCGAUUUGAUGGAUUUGGUGAGUGAGACCGAAGGUUACUUACCCAAUGAUUUGAAGAUCCUAUGUCAUAGGGUAUACCAUCAAUGUUUAUCUAACCCCACCGUUGGAGACGAUGGUGGAACUACUAAUGUUGUUGAAACUGGACACAUCGAUAGUGCUUUGAGUGGGUUCACACCAUCGAGCUUGCGAGGUGUUAAGCUUCAGAAAUCAGGAACUAGUUGGACCGAUAUUGGAGGCCUAACUGAAGCCAAAAAGAUUCUCUUGGAGACACUUGAAUGGCCAACAAAGUAUGCGCCAAUAUUUGCAAACUGUCCUUUGAGACUUAGAUCCGGUAUCUUGCUUUAUGGAUAUCCUGGUUGUGGUAAGACCUUGCUAGCUAGCGCAAUAGCUGGACAAUGUGGUUUGAACUUUAUUUCCAUCAAAGGUCCUGAAAUUUUAAACAAAUAUAUUGGUGCCUCGGAGCAAAGUGUUAGGGAAUUGUUUGAACGUGCUCAAGCAGCAAAGCCAUGUAUUUUGUUCUUUGAUGAGUUUGAUUCAAUAGCGCCAAAGAGAGGACACGACUCUACUGGAGUCACUGACCGUGUUGUUAACCAAAUGUUGACACAAAUGGAUGGUGCUGAGGGUUUGGAUGGAGUCUAUGUCCUUGCUGCUACUUCGAGACCAGAUUUGAUAGAUAGUGCGUUGUUGAGACCUGGUAGGUUGGAUAAAAGUGUCAUUUGCGACAUGCCCAACUAUGAGGACAGGUUGGACAUAUUGAAGAGUAUAACUGCCAAGAUGGAUCUAAGAGAUGAUGUCAAAUUAGAAGAGAUUGCUGAAAAGACGAAUGGGUUCAGUGGUGCAGAUAUGCAAGGAUUGGGAUAUAAUGCUUACUUGAAAGCAGUUCAUGUGAGACUAGAGGAGUUGGAAGCCAAAGACAAUGCUGAGCAAGACCAAGAUGUUGAUGAGUCUGCAGUUGAAUUUUUCAAAGUGGGUGAUCAAGCCAAGCUUAAAAGUACCGACAGGGUCAAAUUGUUGCACCAGAUACAGCAAUUUGUUCAAAACGAAAAGCUGGCAAAUGGCCAGAUUCAGAACUCAAAACUGACACAUAUCGAGCAGCCUAAAGUUCUCAUCACUCAUGCCAACUUUGUUGAAUCGUUAAAAGAGACGAAACCCUCCAUUUCUCAUUCAGAGAAGACGAAAUUGACAAAAAUUUAUUCGCAAUUCAUUGACAGUAGAGAUGGUAAUAUGCCUGACGGGAGUGCCAGCAAUGAAGUCGGUGGCAGAACUACUUUGAUGUGA